ACCCAGGGAGUGACCUACCCAGCCUGCCAUGGGAUCUGGAGUAAGUGGGCUCCYCCUCUGGAGAGGAGUCGCCUGGCCACCACCUCCUUCUGUGGUUCCUAUGCUGGUGCUGUCAUAGCCAUGCCUCUAGCAGGRAUCCUGGUGCAGUACUCAGGCUGGUCCUCUGUGUUCUAUCUCUAUGGGUGCUUUGGGAUCUUCUGGUAUGCGUUCUGGAUCCUUGUGUCGUAUGAAAGUCCUGCUGUGCACCCUACCAUCACCCAGGAGGAACGAGUCUACAUAGAGGAGAGCAUCGGGGAGAGUGCCAAGCUCAUGGGCCCUGCUGAGAAAUUUAAGACCCCCUGGAAAAAGUUCUUCACCUCCAUGCCUGUCUAUGCAAUCAUCGUGGCCAACUUCUGCAGAAGCUGGACCUUCUACCUACUGCUUAUCAGUCAGCCGGCCUACUUUGAGGAGGUGUUUGGGUUUGAGAUAAGCAAGGUUGGCAUGGUGUCUGCCCUGCCCCACUUGGUGAUGACAAUCAUUGUGCCCAUCGGAGGGCAGUUGGCUGACUACCUACGCAGCAGGAACAUCCUGUCUACCACUACAGUCAGGAAGAUCAUGAACUGUGGAGGGUUUGGCAUGGAGGCUACGCUGCUGCUGGUAGUGGGAUUUUCCCACACCAAAGGGGUGGCUAUUUCCUUCCUGGUCCUUGCUGUGGGCUUCAGUGGAUUUGCCAUAUCAGGAUUCAACGUCAAUCACUUAGACAUUGCUCCACGCUAUGCCAGUAUCCUUAUGGGCAUAUCCAACGGUGUGGGCACCCUGUCUGGCAUGGUAUGCCCAUUGAUCGUAGGUGCCAUGACAAAAAACAAGACUCGAGAAGAGUGGCAGUGGGUGUUCCUCAUCGCUGCUCUGGUUCACUACGGGGGAGUCAUCUUCUAUGGCAUCUUUGCCUCUGGAGAGAAGCAGCCGUGGGCCGACCCAGAGCUGACCAGCGAUGAGAAGUGUGGCUUCAUCGAUGAGGAUGAGCUGGCAGAGGAGACGGGCGACAUCACCCAGAGUUACGGUGCCCUGGGCGGCGGUCCGGCCAAAACGUAYGGUGCYACUACGCAGAACGGGGGCUGGGCURACAGCUGGGAUAAGAAGGAGGAGUUUGUCCAGGAAGAGGCAGAGGGAGGGCCGUAUGGCUACAGGCAGGACCAGGACUACUCCUAGAGACAGCAGACUCACUGACCAUCAAACGGUAGACUUAUUUUGUAUUGUUUACCAGUUUAGACGAAACAAGUCAAAAACCAAACAAAAAAGAUAACAAUCCAUUGUUGUAUGUUUGCACAAAUUCAAAUAAUUAUUUCAAAAUAUAAAUUAGUUAAAAAGAUGAUUUUAUUGUGCAAAUAAAAAAAAUACUAUAGAGAUGUAACACAUAUCAAAUUGGCAGAUCUAUUUGUAAACGUAAUAUGCAUAUAAAUUAUAGAUAUAUUUAUUUGGAGUGCAAUUGUGUGUAAGUGUGAACCAUUUCCACCUCAUCAAUCUGAGCUUCUUCAUUCUGGAGAAGCCUGUUAUGUACGAUCAGACAAGAUUUAACUGGCUUCCUGGAUCAUCAUGCCUAACUGGUUCUUAUUACAACUCCUCAUGAGCCAGCCAUUGCMGUGUAAAAGAAACAUGUCACUGUAAAAAGGGGACUUAACCAGGAAUGAGACUGUAUGUCUUAGGUUGUACAGUAUCUCUUCUGAUUGCACUGAAAGUAGGGUGUCCUUUUAAUGCACAAUAUAAUUUUAUUUUCUUAUUAUUAUUGGUUUGUAAAACUGUGUCUUUAACACAAAAAGGCAUAAAAAUACAAUAAUGUUUUGAAGAACGA